CACCGUAGAGUGCACACGCGCCUCUCAGCCCCGCGACCUCGCAAACUUUACACGAACUCCGAUCUCUCGAUCGGAAAUCGAGCGUAAACAUAAACGCCAAACAAAACGUUACCCCCGACGCGGCCGUGCACGUGACGAUCUCCCUGAACUGAUUGCGCCCAUUAUCCUGUUGAAGUGACAAUUGUGGACGAGGAUAUCUGUUAAGUGUUCCGUUGGAGCUGUGAUUGUUUGGAUUGAAAAGGACGACCUGCGGGAUAGUCGAGUGCAGUUUUUGGCGCGAACGGCAGCUCUACUGGUUACAUGCCCGCCGUGUGAUGCUUCAGUGACCUCAACAUGAUCCGAGACCCACCGGCGAUGCACAAGCCUGACAACGGCACCAAUCAGCAGGAGGACAACAAAUACGCGCUAAGCAGCACCGUAACCAGCAACCCUGGGGCAAGGCUCUGCGCGCAAUGCGGCAAGGUCAUCACAGAGAGGUUCCUCCUCAAAGCCAUGGAGAGAUUCUGGCACGAGGACUGCCUCAAGUGCGGUUGCUGCGACUGCCGGCUCGGAGAAGUCGGCUCCAAACUGUACUACAAAGCUGACUUGAUGCUUUGUAAGAGAGACUACCUUAGGUUAUUCGGGGCCACGGGCAACUGCGUGGCGUGCAACAAAGUCAUUCCCGCCUUCGAAAUGGUGAUGCGGGCGAAGAGCUUCGUCUACCACUUGGAGUGUUUCGCCUGCCAGCAGUGCAAUCACAGGUUCUGCGUGGGCGACAGAUUCUACUUGUGCGAUAACAAAAUACUGUGCGAGUACGACUACGAGGAGAGGCUGGUUUUUGCCAGCAUGGCGGCCAACCCCAGCGGCCUGGCGCACAUCAGGAGACAAGUCAGCGGGUUGCAGUCCCCUAGCGGCGGUUACGUGGGUGCGUGCGUGGCCGGUCCCCCGCUGGAGAAGGACGCGGGCGGGUGCGCGGGCGCCGACGACGCGUCCUCCGGCUACGGCAGUCCGCCCGACCCCGACGUGUGCGACGCCGCGCGAUGACUGCCGACGCCGCGCCGACUGAUCGCCUCGGUGAAGCCUCACUGAGCGUUGGCGGAGAAGUAUAUUGGACCCCGUUCGGCUCGGAUUUCCGAGGGAGGGGGAGAUUCUUACUAAGCGAUAAUCUUGUUAGAGCGUAUUAUUUUCAUCAUCUCACCGAAGUACUGAAUCACGCCGCUUUCGUUCAUGUAAAAUAUUUCAACACGACUUAAGUGGAUAGUGCAAUUUAAAUUAGACAUUAUUGUUGAGAAUAUUUAUGCAAACGGAUACCUAAGUGGUAUACAUCGACGCGUCUGCACCGUCGAGCGCCGCAGCGCACAUUAGCGACGGGCCGCGGUUGCGGCACUUUACAAAAUGUCCGGACGGGACGCGAUAGCGCCCUCAGAACACGAUAUUCCCAUUAUGUAUACGAUUUGAGUCUACUUGUUAAGAUAAAGUCUCGUCGGUAAGACGUGAAAUCUCGCUUACUCUAUCGCGUAGUCGGUGACAAAAAUGUGAGUAAUGUUUUGUUGAUCGAUAUUUUUUGUUUGAAAUUUUUAUCAUUGACUAUAAUAUUUCGCGCUUAGCAAACUAAACCACUCCGAGUACAUAUUUGGGAUAUUUAUGAGUCUUAUAUGUAUAUUUUAUAUUUUAAAAAUGUAUAAUAAAUUUCAUACAACGAGUCAGGUCCGUGUAAUAUAAUAUCUAUUGAUAAAAUCGAUCUCAUUGUUAAAAUUUGUAUACUCGGGUAUAGAAUAUUGUUAUCAUACAAGGUAUGAACUUAUGUAUUCUUUUAUGCACUACGAUUCGGUUAAGUACGAUAUGUUAUGUUUGUACCAAAGACGAUUUCAUUUACAUCUGAUAAGUUUUCAUUUUGUUUGAGUUUAUAUUAUUAUUGUGUAAUAUUAUGCGUUAGGUACUCUGAAGCGGUGCAAUGGUUGAUGUAAUAGUUAUUAUUAAGUAAUUGUACAUAAGAAAUAAUUGUAACUAAGAUUUGUAAAUUAUAUUUUUGCGAUGCUAAUGGCUGUCAUAAUUUUCCAUCUCGAGCUGUUUUUCGCUUUGUUAAAAAUAAAUUGCAAGUUUCACAAGCAUUUUCUCAAAAUCCAUUCUAAUGUGUACAUUUUACAUCUGUGUAAAACUUCUGAUAGAAAUCACCUUAAACAUUGUAAUAUAGACUAACCUCGAAAACAUCGACGAAACAAUAUUUCAUUUUAUGGUUAUUAUG